AUGCGGUUACCAUUUGAUUCUGUAGUGGUUAACUUGUCUGCAGACAUAUGGGUGCUGUUUAGUGCUCCGAUUGCAUGUACUAUAAUAGGUAAUUCUUCACAGCACAUUACGUUACUGGUGCAUCACCCGUGGCUACCAAGGUCGCUGUGCUUCUCGUUUGUGCAUGCCCGGUGCACGAUGGAGGAGCGGCGAAUUUUAUGGCAAGACCUGUUGACUGACAAACCCACAUCACUUCCGUGGUGUGUCUGUGGUGAUUUUAAUGUGAUCAUAGACCCUCACGAGAAGCGAGGGGGGAGACCAUUUGCUAGAGCAGAGGGUAUGGAGCUACUGUCAUUCAUGGAGGAGGCGGAGGUCUUUGACGCGGGAUUCUCUGGAUCCAGCUACACGUGGUGUAAUAAUCGGAGAGGCCGCGAACGAAUUUGGAAGCGUCUAGACAGGCUACUAAUUAAUGGAGCUUUCUCAGAUGCCGUUUCAUCUGUGUCAGUAGCCCAUCUGGCUAGACAUCCGUCAGAUCAUGCCCCGCUGAGGAUUGGUUUGGCAUCACGCAUGGAUAACAAGCCUAGGCCGUUCCGCUUUUUGAAUCUCUGGACAGACAGAAAGGAUCUGCUGGAGGUUAUUCGAAAUGCAUGGCAGUUAGAGUGUACGGGUUCCCCCCUACGGAAGUUAUGUUCCAAAUUAGUAAAGGCCCGACGGGUGAUACAGGAGUGGAAUAAGGAGGCUUUUGGAAAUAUUUUUAUUGCUGUUCAUAGGGCAGAAUCGGACUUGUUAGCAGCGGAAAAUCGAGUGGAGGAGGAUGAAUCGGGGGAUGCUCAAGUUGAGCUGCAAAAGGCUCAAGCAAAAUUGCGGCUGGCGUUGUCCAACGAAGAGCGAUUUUGGAGUCAAAAGGCUCGCGUCAAAUGGCUCCGGCACGGGGAUAGGAACUCUAAGUAUUUUCAUGCUACCGUACAGCAACGAAGGGUGCAAGGGGCGAUUCAUAGGAUGCAGAAUGAGAGUGGAGCAUGGGUUGAGGACGAUGAGGGGAUUGCCUCCAUGGCAGUCCGGUAUUUCUCGGAGCUGUUCUCGGAGCCAGGAGGGGCAUCAGGGGACUUAUUGCACCUGAUUCCGCGUAUUGUCACGGGGGAUGAUAAUGAGACACUUGAAACAUGUCCGUCCCUUGAGGAGGUGAAAAGAGUGAUCUUUGCUAUGGAUGGGGACAGUUCGGCAGGCCCAGACGGCUUUACAGGUAAGUUUUUCACUUUUGCAUGGGAGGUUAUUGCACAUGAUGUCUAUCAAGCAGUGCUGAGUUUUUUCUGUGGGGCGGAGCUGCCUAGAUUUAUUACUUCUACAUCUAUUGUUCUAAUCCCGAAGGCUUGCGGGGAUAUUGCCAAAACUGGUGUCAUCGCAACAGACGGGUUUUGUCAAGGGUAG